AUGUCAAGGACUACUGCUACUACUGCAUCCGUUCCUUCUUCCAGUCUACCUGAAGUCGCAUUAUUUGAUCACGUGACAUUGCAAACUGCUUAUAUAGCAGCAGCAGCUGCUGCAACACAGUUGGAAAAUCAUUUACAACAACAAAAUGCUCACUUUCCCAUUGAUUUGAAUUGUACGGAGAAUAUUACCAAUACUACAUGUACUGAUUCAACUGUAACUAUUGCAACUACAAGUGAAAUAUCACCAGUAGUAACAACUUCCACAACGCCUACUACUUGUUUUCCAUCAUUUAUUGAUAAACAACGCUUGUACUCAUUAUUGUCACCACAACUGCAGUCAUACUUGCAGCAACAACAACGUACUCUUUUACCAUCAUCACAACAGCAGCAAUCGAAUAAUGGUGCUUCUGCUUUGGCACAUCAUCUCUCCGCAUUCUCACCUAUUAAUAUGACAGACCUAACAGGAGGUACAAAUUCUGGCAUCUGUACGCAACUCCAUUCAACGGCAGGACCAUCGCUAUCAUUACCAUCACAACUACAGUCACCAGUAGUAUCUCACCCACAAUCACAAACAACGGUCUCAUCAUCAUCUCAACAAUCAUUAGAUUUGUUAAUUAUGCAAAUGCAAAUGGCUACAGCUACUGCCACUGCUGCAGCUGCAGCCGCUGCAGCAGGAUUUUUACCUACUGCAUUUAACGUUCUGCCAUCAACUACAGCUUUAGGUUUAUUAGCACCACAUUUAAGACUAUUACAACUUACUGAUCCAAAUUUCGCAGCAUAUGCUGCAGCUGCAACCGCUGCUGCCAACAUGAGCUUGAAUACUGCAGCAGCAGAUCCGAAUAUAAGUGACACAAUGACAGGCAAACCUGGUUGCACUGCUAAUACAGCUACCAUCAUGGAGAAAUCUUUGCUACAAACUCAGAUGAAUUUAUUGGCUCAUGGUAGCAUUUCGUCGUCUGUGAUAAACGAAUGCGCAUCUACAAGUGGCACAAUGUCUGAUAAAGCGGUAUUCAAUAACGAUGCUUGUUCAUCUGCAGUAUCAUCUCAACAGCUGAAUCCCACGGCAUUACAAAUUUUCGCACUUAAUAAUAGUACUUGUGGCAUUAAUAGUAGUAGUACUAGUAGUAGUAGUAGUACCAUUAGUAAACAUCAACAGCAUAGCCAAUUGAAAAGACCUUACGAUGAAAUGUCAAUUUUGCGAUCGUUGUGUAAUGAGAAUUACACAGCUGAACAACAAGAAGUAGGAACUUUAUGCAGAAAACGAAGCAGAAUCAAUGGAUCAGAGGAAAGCGAAGAGCGAAAUCGACAGAAGUCUACUAAAGCACAUAACUCAUCGACAAAAAAUCAACACCAGCUAAUCAAGCAGCCUGAAACGCAAGCUGAUGCUAAACCUUCAUUGCUGCAAGUAGCCGGAAGUUCGAAAAGUCUCCAUAAAAUUCCAGAGAAAGUUGAUGCAUCUGACUGCCUUGAUGAAAACUCACCCGACCGGCAUCAUCCUUUCAAUCAUCGUCCACCAGCAAUGGAAGCUCGAUUUCUGGAAUGUAUGGCAGCUAUAGCUCUUCAUUCGAACUUUUCACUACCAAUUAAAAGUGAAAUUAAAACUCCAGCUGAUAAUACGGAUGAAUGUGAACCAAGUUCAAACAUGAAUGGUUCAAACACAUGCAAGCAAAAUGUAGAGAAGCUGGAAAUUGAAACUUCCAGCAGCAUAGUAGACGUAAAAUGCAGUUCAUCAUUAUCAUCACCUACUCAAUUACCAUCAAAUGAUAGUAAUUCAGCUAAUAUUAACAAUACUACUUUAAGUAGUGAAAAAAAAAAGUGUUGGCCAAAUUCAGCAAUUGAUGAAGAAUUGUGCCAAAAGAUGGAAAAUUACAAAAAUACAGAUGUACCAGUGAUUCAUGCUUUUGUUUUGCCAACAAAAAACUUUUCUGAUCCCGGAGGAUCAGCUAUUACAAACGAAAAAUGCUCUCAGGACUCAAGAUGUACUGAUUUACUAAAUUCAGUUCCUAUACCGGUUCCCGUCUUGAACAUACUUCUAGAUCGUAUUCUCUUAACUAUGCUUGACUGA